AUGUCAGACCACUCUGACGCACGGAAUAGCGUGGAGCACGCCCCGCCACCAUCAUCUCCGCCGCCAUUGCUCCCCAUCGAAGCACUAGACCAGCUCUGCGACCAAGGCUGGCUACGUCUCGCACUGCCACCAGAUCUACUCGCCGCUGCCCACCGUCUACAGACUCUUGCCUCUAAUUUCUUCGACCAAUCAUCCACAGAUGACAAACAGAAAGAGUAUCUCACACUUCGCUGCUGCACUAACUCAUCAUCAACUUCGGCGGUUGAGGAGGCCGCUGCUGACUACUGGGCACAGACAACCAACCUUAUGAUCAAUGUGCUGGCAGAUGCUCUCUCGCCAUAUCUCGAGAUCCCCAGUACGAUCUGGGACGACGUCAUAAGUCCUCCAAGGAAAAGACUGGCAUUACCGGAAAAUGUCACCACAAUGCCAGCCAGCGAAGCUGACAUCCACAGCGGGACGCUCUUGCGCCUGUUCCGAUACUUCCCCAGAAACGAUGAUCAACACGGGCUGAAUAUGCGCGGCGAGGGUGACAUGAGUGGUGGAGCAGGCAUGCACACCGACCUCGGCCUGCUAACCCUUUGCAUUGGACAGCGUGGGCUGGAGUGCUUUGACUUGAGCAGACAGCAGUAUAUCGAUGUGCUGGAUGCUCCUGCUGUCACUGUAAGACCCAUAGCAGACCCUUCAAACUCAUGUACGACCUACAAUGAACGUGACGAAGCCCCACAAGACCAGGAUCUCGGCGCAGUCCUCCUCCUAGGCCAAACGAUCCGCGGUCUCACGCACCAGCAACUCCCCGCCGGCGUCCAUCGAGUCAGACCACUGCCGGCUACAGGCCGCGAGAGCAUAGUCUUUGCGCUGCGGCACGCAUUCGGCGAUAUUGACCUGCGUCCCUGGGGGCUCGGCGAUGGCAAGGUCAGCGCUAAAGAUCUAUACCGAUGGCUGGGUGUAGGCAAGGUAAGCGUGAAUGCUGCGGCUGGAGUACGGGAGCGGCAGCUUGCCGAACUGGCCCGCAGCAACGGCAACGAGGAGUAG